GUUGGCUAAAUCGAAUUAGGCACACAUAACAAAAGUGGCCUUAUAUACAGCGGCGGAAAGACCGCAUGCGCGUGGGUGUUUUAGAAAAAGAAGACGUUAUUGUUGAGCAGAACUCUAAUUGAGGGUCUAUGCAUGGGACGCCACUGUUCUUGACUGCAAACGUACAGGUAUGUCCGUUGGUAUAGAAGACCGCGCUCUCGGUGCCAUAAUUGGAGCGGCCGUUGCAGACGCAGCAGCUCAGCCUCUGCAUUGGAUAUAUGACUUGAAGAAGCUUCAGAAUAUUUUGUCAGAGACUCCUUUUCCUGAAUUUCGAGUCCAAUCUGCAAAUCCAUUUUAUCGGAGAAAAACUGGUCAGCAGAGCUGUUAUGGAGAUCAGGCCUUUGUUUUACUAGAGUCCUUAGCUGAAUGUGGAGUGCUUAAUAUUGAAGACUUAAAAGAACGAACGUACACAUUCUUUGGCCCAGGCUCAGAAUAUGAUUCCCCAGUGAACCAAGUAGACCGUCCCAAAGGAGGUCCCAGACCACAGUUGCCUAUUGAAGGGCCAUGGAGACAUGCAAGCCUUAAAAGUUUUUUAAAAAAUUAUGAAAACAAGAAGAAAGAAACUGGUUGUGACAUCGAUAGACAGAUUGAUGGCAUUUCAAAACUGGCUCCUAUCGUAGCAAUGUAUGCCGGAAAACCAGAGCUGUUGGAAAAAGUUGAACAAGCAACUCGAGUCACUCAAAAUGAUGAUGUGUGUGUUAGUCUAACACUGGCAGGUGCAAGACUGCUUGAGUAUUAUGUGCUUCAUGGUAGCAGUGAGAAAGCCUUGGAUUGUGUACUGGAACAACUGCAGGAUGAGCACCAAAAACAUCCAGAAGGCCUUGACCAAGUGGUGGCUGGCCAUUUGCAGCAGGUCAAAGCCUUCCUGUCGAAGCCACCAGAAGAUGUCACACCUGCAGUUUUCACCAACACAUGAGCCUUACCUGGAGCAUUCCAGGCAGCAGUCCAUGGAGUUUUGACGGCAAACGCUUUUGAAGAGGGCAUUCGAAACACCAUGCGCUGUGGGGGGUGCUCCUGUAGCCGAGGCUCAUUCAUUGGGGCCUGUCUUGGUGCUCAGUGUGGUUUGAGUGGAAUUCCAGAUUCAUGGAAGAGCAAAACUGAUCGAUAUCCAGCAUUCCUCGGACUUGCCAAGAAGAUCUUUGCAAAAGAAACCGCGUAAUUCUCCACUGUGCUGUCAUGAAUAAUAUAUUAGUAUUUAGAUCACUAAGAUAGGAGCACAUUUCUAGAAAUCAUUCUGGCCUACAUAUUGUUUGUGAAGCUCAAUGUCAUUAACCUAGUUGCAUGUUCUUUUAAAGUUUAAUUUGGCUUUAAAAAUAAAAGCAGGCCUGUGAAUUGUGAAUACACUGCACGUCAGAUUCUCUAAAGCUGCUGGUGACUUUGACAAGAAUAGCCAAUGAAGGUUCUCAGUUAAAGGUCUUCUGGUGAGAACGUGAUGUACAAUUCUUAUUCUGUCAGGCAGCAGGUGAGCUUCAUUGUCCUCCUUUUCUGGUAACAUUUAGCAAAUUUGUGUUUUACCUAUCAUUACAUUUAAGGCGGCUUACUUCUAUGUAACACUUUUUAAUAUGAUGGUGCAAACACCAGGCGUGUGACCUUCCUGUCUGUUAUCUUGUGAACUGUACGGUGAUGGUGGCUCUAUCCCUGGGAGUGCAACAAUAAAACUGACUAGAAUGUG